AUGCCGACCCGGGCGGAGGACUACGAGGUGCUGCACACCAUCGGCACCGGCUCCUACGGCCGCUGCCAGAAGAUCCGGAGGAAGAGCGACGGCAAGAUACUAGUUUGGAAAGAACUUGACUAUGGCUCCAUGACAGAAGCUGAGAAACAGAUGCUUGUUUCUGAAGUGAAUUUGCUUCGUGAACUGAAGCAUCCAAACAUCGUUCGUUACUACGAUCGCAUUAUUGACCGGACCAACACAACACUGUACAUUGUGAUGGAAUAUUGCGAAGGAGGGGACCUGGCCAGCAUCAUUACAAAGGGAACCAAGGAAAGGCAAUACUUGGAGGAAGAGUUUGUUCUCCGAGUGAUGACUCAGUUGACGCUGGCCCUCAAGGAAUGUCACAGGCGAAGUGACGGCGGUCACACGGUGCUGCACCGGGACCUGAAGCCAGCCAACGUCUUCCUGGACGGCAAGCAGAACGUCAAGCUCGGAGACUUUGGGCUGGCUAGGAUAUUGAACCACGACACCAGUUUUGCAAAAACAUUUGUUGGCACUCCUUAUUACAUGUCUCCCGAGCAGAUGAGUCGCAUGUCCUACAAUGAGAAAUCGGAUAUCUGGUCACUAGGCUGUUUGAUGUAUGAGUUGUGUGCAUUAAUGCCUCCGUUUACAGCUUUCAACCAGAAAGAAUUAGCUGGGAAGAUUCGAGAAGGCAAAUUCAGGCGAAUUCCCUAUCGUUACUCUGAUGAAUUGAAUGACAUCAUUACAAGGAUGUUAAAUUUAAAGGAUUACCAUCGGCCGUCCGUGGAGGAAAUUCUGGAGAGCCCUCUGAUAGCAGACCUGGCUGCGGAGGAGCAGAGGAGGAACCCUGAGAGAAGGGGGCGGCGGUCCGGAGAGCCGGAGAAGCUGCAGGACUCCAGCCCGGGGCUGAGCGAGCUGAAACUGAAGGAAAUGCAGUUGCAGGAGCGGGAGCGAGCCCUCCGGGCCCGAGAGGACAGGCUGGAGCAGAAGGAACGUGAGCUGUGUGUUCGUGAGAGACUGGCGGAGGACAAACUGGCAAGAGCGGAGAGUCUGAUGAAGAACUACAGCCUGCUGAGGGAGCAGAGGCUGCUGUCCCUGGCCGGCGGCCCAGAACUUGGAGCUCUCCCAUCCUCGAUAAUGAAGAAGAAAGUUCAUUUCGGUGGAGAGAGUAAGGAGAACGUCCUGAGGAGCGAGAACUCGGAGAGCCAGCUCUCCUCCAAGACCAAGUGCAAAGACCUGAAGAGGAGGCUCCACGCUGCCCAGCUGCGCGCCCAGGCCCUGGCGGACAUCGAGCAUGUGUACCAGCUGAAGAGCAGGCAGGUCCUGGGCAUGCGCUAG